UCGCAUAGCAGCACGCGAGUGAAAGGAGGGGGGCAGAGCGCAAGAUCGUCGUUUCUCUUUCGCGAUUUCUUCGUUUUCGGUUGAAUUCGUUGGGUGCGUACGGCGGGGCCAGGUUUUUCGUUGGCGGUGGUGUUCGACGAGGUGGUGGACGCCGUGGGAUCGCGUUCAUGCACGGCACGGCCGAAGGAAAGGAGCCGGUGCGCGAGUCGGACACCCAGGCCGUUACUUCGAUCAGCUGGUCGUUUGUGGGAUCGCCUUGAAUGUCGGCGUAUAAGCGCGCGGGGCAGUUGGCUCUCGCCAGGGCUCCAGGAAGGAUGCGCGAUCGGGGGUGUGCGCUUCUCGAGACUGCCACCGGUUUUCUGUGUGCCGGCCGCUUCACGGCCUAUAACGCGGCACCAUAGCCACGGGCCGUUCAACAAAAACAACCUUCGCGGUUUAUUCAUCCGUCCGGUGUGAAGAGUGAGUCGACUUGUGCCCGCGGGAAUCGAGGGGUUACCGUGCAGAGGAAGAGGAACAAGAAGACGAAGGUGAAGGAAAAGCUUACAGCAACACUCGAGUGAUUUUUCUAUGGUGAAGAGAGAGAUAGUCCGCUUAACGUCUUCUGCCGUAUCGAUGUGUAUUUAAGCCUGAUCAAACCGAAACGCCAGGCAGAAAGUUAACGUUCUCAAGGUUAGAAGCUACGAUCAUCUAGAGCCACGACUCUGGUGCACUCGGCAUUUUUACUAGACGCGCUUAGGUUAAGUGUCACCCGUUGCUAAUUCCCCGGCGGCGAGCGACGAAUUCGAAGCAAACGGAAGCGAGUGUCGCACAGCGAUCCGCUUCGACGAUCCUUUCCUUCACGGUUGUCACGUCGUCGCCGUGCAUUCUGAUCUCAUUGGGCAUCGAUAAACUUACUCGUCGUCGCCGCGGACGGACCGGCCGACCGGAGAGCUCUCUCGCCAUUGCAAGAGGUCGAAUUCAACGUAUAUAUCUGUUGUGUGCGUUCCUUUAGAGUGCCGUAAGUUUGAGCAACGGGAAAAGAAAACAAGCCGGUCGAUACGUCCGAAGGUUUCGGGAAAAGGAGUUUCAGGCGAUUCGUCGGCGUUCCUCUGGGAUUACCUUCCGCGUUCGUUACCGACCGACGUGUACGCAUAUUCUUCGUACGUGCAACGACGGCUGAGAAUGCGUUUUUGGCUGCGGAUUAUUUGAGCGUUCCAAUUUCAAAGUACACGAGGAGAGGUGUGUCGGUGCGUCGAACCAUCGAAUCCCGUAAUCGCGGGCACGCGAUCGCUAGCGCUCGCCGGAUCACUGUGUCACCGAAUGCGGAGAAACCGGAAGGAAGUUCAGCCCGAUAUUAAUAAUUUCAUCGCGACCGGGAGGAACGGACGGGAACAGAAAUUUAUCGUGACGGACGCCAGGUCGAUUACUACGCAAAUCAACGUCACCGCCACCAGCUAAAUUUUCGCACGGUGCAACGCGUCGCUUCAAGAUACCUCGAUGGAUAGUGCCGGCGGUGACAAGCAGAACGAGUCGGAUGAGUGCGAUGUGAUCAGUGAUAAUCGGUGCGGGGCCAAGAUGACCGGGCAAGGCGACGGCGACGCGAAGAUCGGCAAGGGAAGCCUGGGCAAGGAGGAGUCCCUGAAGAACCUCAAGAAUCUAGGAAAAAUGGCUCGCAACGACGAGAACCGCGACGGCACGGACAAACUGUCGAAGGCCGUGUCCCAGGACGAGGAGGACGAGGAGGAGCGCGACGAGGACGAGGGCAAAGGGUCCGACGAGGACGCCAAAGAGGAGAAGACCGACGGGAAGAAGGAAGUGGAGGAGUCGUCGAGCAGCACCACGUCGACCAGCACCUCCGACGAUGAAUCGGAAACCAGCUCGGACGACAAAACGGAAGCGUCGAAGACCGAGCUCGCGAAGCCCGCGCUGCCCGAGACGAAGAAGGAGGAUCAGAACAACAACGACGACACCACCGACGACAGCGACAUCGAGGACGACCUGAUCUCCGCCAUCAAUUACAACACCAUCACCUCGCUGGCCGCGCUGAAGGACAUGCUGCAGUGCACCGGCGAGAACUCGGACGGCGUGGACAGCUUCUUCCACCAUUACUUCCUGUCGCACGUCAACAGGCUGCCCUCCAGGAACCAGACGCACAGCCCCUAUCCGUGGGGCAGGAGGCUGUCCGAGUGCAGGGAGGAGGACGAGUACGAGACGGAGGAAGGCAAAAACGUGGACACGACGAACGCGGGGACCGCAGGCAGCAAGAACGACGUCUCGAAGACGGAGGAGAUCGAGGAGAAGCUGGAGAACGCUUCGUCGAAGGCGUCCAGCCCGUCGGCGUCCGAGAAGUCGAGCUCGGAGAGGAUCGAUCAGAAGUCGAUCGGCGGCUCGUCGUUGUCCGAGUCGAAGACCCCUACCUCGAUCGCCGUGACUACGGCCGCCGCGUCGACGACAACGGCAACGACGACGACGCCGGCCACGACGAGCACGUCGACGGCGACGACGGCUCCGCCGAGCACCACCGUGACGGUCACCACCACCGCGUCCUCGAGGUUCACCACGUGCACCGUCACGUCGCCCACGUCCACCACGAAGCCGCCUCUGAGGAGAAGACACACCACUGGGCCCGGGAUGACCUUCCCGGCCACCGACCCUCCGACCUACUCCACCAGCAUGACCUUCUCCAGGACCAGCCCCCUGCCCAGCCCACAUUUGGACAAGAGGUACUUCGACAGCAGCCUGAUCGAGAUGAAGAGCCAGGCCAGCAGCUCCAGCACGCUCGACUACGACUCCACCGAGGAGGUCUGGGUGCGCAGGGUGGACUUCGUGCAGGAACGGAAGAGGAAGGAGCUCGGAUCGCAGCCUCUGCCGACAAUCGUCACCGAAGAUGCGGACAACUCGAGCCACGCUUCCCAGGAUCAAGGCCAUAGACCUCGAGCAGGAACAUGGGGCUCGCACUCGAGGACCAUCAGAAAGCCGACUUCCGGCAGCGCUCCAGGCUCCGGGAAGUCGACUCCUCUGCCGCAGCCGGCGGAACCGUCCAGUUCGUCUAGCUCGAGCAAAGGCGGCAGGAAAGCCUCUGGCACCAGGUCCGGGUCCACCAGCCGCAGCAACAGCCGCAGCAGCAGCGUGGAGCGCAGAAGAAGCGGCGGCACAGUCGACGACACGGCCAGCCCCACCAGGAAGCCGGCACUUCUCGAUGCCUUCAGGCCGAGGAGCAAGUCCGACGCUAGCAAAAGAAAGCCCAGUAUUAUAGCGAACAUGAAGAGCGCUGUGCAGCACUCUUUGCACAGGGGCUCUCACGGAAGUUCGUCCAUAGAUGUACGCACGGACAAAGAUCACCACAAAGAUAGCAAAGACCACAAAGAGGGCAAAGAGAUUAUGGGGCGUCCUCGAGCUGGAUCGGAGAGCAGCAGGAACCCCGUGAGCAAAGUUAUGGAUCUCAUCAGACACAGGAGCCACAGCGCUCUGACCGGAGAAGACAAACGGAAAGCGAGAACCGCGGCGCAGCACCAGGCACAAAUAGCGGCGCAGGGUGCGAUCAGGAGGAGUUCCCUGGAUCCCGGCGCGAGGAGGUUCUCCCUGGGCACGCCGGCGAUACCUCACCGAGCCUCCGACGCGUGUCUGGAUCCUGUCCACGCUGCCAUACUCUUCAGGGACGCGAGAGGGUUGCCUGUCGUCGAUCCUUUCUUGGAGAAGGUGUCGCUCUCUGAUCUCAAGGAGGACGAAUCACAGAUCUUCGUGAAGUUUUUCAAAUUUCACAAAUGUUACGACCUAAUACCGACCAGUGCCAAGUUGGUCGUUUUCGACACGCACCUCCUCGUCAAGAAGGCCUUCUUCGCUCUUGUCUACAAUGGUGUAAGAGCAGCACCGUUAUGGGACAGCGCAAGGCAAGAAUUUGUGGGGAUGUUAACUAUAACAGACUUUAUAAAAAUUCUGCAAAUGUAUUAUACCAGCCCAUCUGUGACAAUGGAUGAAUUGGAAGAGCAUGAAUUAGAUACAUGGAGAAAAGUCUUGAAGGAUCAGGUUCAUCCAUUAGUGAGCAUUAGCCCAGAUGCAUCUUUGUACGAGGCGAUUAAAACACUUGUUCAAAAUAGAAUUCAUCGUUUGCCUGUGAUAGAUCCGGAUACUGGAAAUGUUCUCUAUAUCUUGACACACAAACGAAUACUUAGGUUCCUCUUUCUUUAUAUUCAUGAGCUACCAAAGCCAUCAUUUACAAAUAAAACAUUGAGGGAGUUAAGGAUAGGUACAUUUGAUAAUAUUGAAACGGCAACUGAAGAAACUAGCAUAAUUUUAGCACUCAAGAAAUUUGUAGAGAGGAGAGUUUCAGCAUUACCGAUCAUUGAUGCUGAGGGAAAAUUGGUGAACAUUUAUUCAAAGUUUGAUGUUAUAAAUUUAGCUGCAGAGAAAACAUAUAACAAUCUAGAUGUCUCAUUAAGAGAAGCAAAUGAGCAUCGUAAUGAGUGGUUUGAGGGAGUUCAAAGUUGUAAAUUAGAUGAAACACUGUUUACUAUUAUGGAAAGAAUUGUUAGGGCAGAGGUCCAUAGGCUAGUAGUGGUUGAUGAUGAUGAUAAAGUUAUUGGUAUAAUUUCUCUAUCUGACUUACUCUUCUACCUCGUUCUUAGGCCUUGCGGUGAAGAUGGCAGUAGCAAUAAAAAUAGUUCUAUAUCGUUAAGAGCUCAGGAUUCGCUGUCAAAAGCUCCGAGUUCUGUACAGUUGGAAGCUUCUCUUCCUGAUGGUGAACAAGAAGCUGAACCAGAUGCAGCCGACGUAAACCAAUCCGAAGAAGCUCCCGCGACACCUAGUCCACCGCUGAGUCCAGCAGCGUCAGAUAUUUCUGAACCUCAAUCUAAUUUAGUAAACCAGUCUCAAGAACCUACAUGGAGGGAAGUAACUGUAUCGGGGGGCGAAUGAGACAACAUAAUUCUAACAUGCUAUUAAGCAUGGUAUUGUGAACGGUUCACCACUGUUAAAUUAAGAUUAAAUUUGCAGUGGAACAGCGGUAAGCAGCGAACAAAUGAGCGUGUGUUUUUCAUCUGUUUUUAAUACUCGCGUUGUCUUAAGAAUUCAUGAAAAAUACACGGAACAAUUAUUCUGUGCUCAUCGAAUCAAGCGCUAGAAGUGGAAAUUGUUAACUGAAAUUAUUAAGUUAUGUCAAACGCGAAGAUAACGAAUGAGUUUUACUGGACGCGACAAACAAUAAUAACUCUACGCUGUGUAAUGUAUAAGGUUGAGUAAGCUUAAUUUUUUAUGGUACAAAUGCUACUCAGCAUAUAGACGUUCGAGCUUCUUGCCAGGAACGAUUGCUACGCCAUUGAUUGCUCAGGGUAUGAAUUCUCUACACCCUUUCUUCUAUCGUACACUGGGAAUGUUUCAAAAAGAGUUUCGAGAAGAGAAAGUAGCUGUUUUCUCCUUUACAUUUAUAACACCGCCGUGCUUUUUUCACAUUGGAACCUUUGCGUUUGAUUUCAGAAAAAGAAAGAACGAUUAAUGUAUAACGUACCGUCUUGUUUAGUAGACCUAUACACAAAGUAUGAAACAAAAAGUAGCUAUAUACCGAAGAGUGCUCCAUAAGGAAUAAAUACGGAGCCCAUUUUUAUAAAGGCCUUCCAUGAGAUAAUCCCGCCCUAUUGAAACGACUACCAUAGUUACAAUCGGAAGUCUCUAAAUAUGUGCACCUUUCUUUCUUUACAACUAUAAUGUUUUUGCCCAUGAAUGUUUUACAACGGACGCGUGAACAAUUAGAAACUGACGUACAUAGUAUACACUUCAUUUUUAUAUAAUUGCAUAGCGUGUCGUACACUAUACAAGAGAAAAAAUACAAUAUGGUGCUUUUGAUUUUAUGUUAUAACAGACUAAUAUAAUCGGAUAAAUUCAAUAAAAUAAAAUGACGUAACGAAUAACGUUACGAUUGAAUUCGACUAACAGUUAUAGUAUGAAUCAUUGUUAUACAGCUGUACAUCACUGGAAAAGAUUGAUGUACAGGAAGGCAAUACUUAUAUUUAUUGUAACUGCAGUCUUUCAUUGGACUUUUAUGCCAUUCUUUUGUGUAUGUUACAUAAUAACAUUUACAAACGACAUAUUGUUGAAUAUUUACCUAUCGUUCGUGGCUGUACUUGUUGCGCACUCUCGACCAGUUCUCAUUCGAGCACCGACACUUCGUUUAGUACCUACACGAUUUUGUAUUACCGCGCAGAAAUGUCUGAGCUUAUUUCUACAGCUUUACAACUUUUAAAUCAAAAUUCGAGGAACUGCUCGUAUCGUCCCGAUUUCUCUUAUUGCAGGGUAAUUCAAUUUGAUAACGUUUAUAAUUGUUAUGAUAUUAUCAGAAAAUGCCUCCCGGUCGACAAACGUUGGCAGCAUAAAGUCGAUUGAUAGGCUUCUUCCGGUAGGUAAAGUGUUAAGUAACAGGCCUAUUAAAAUCAUUGGAACGUAACAUCAUCUUUUCUUACCUUGAGCAUGCGCUGCCACCAAUCUUUUAAUCGAUGCUUUAAAUAUUUAGAGCUAUCCGCAGUACUUUAUUUGAGUUACUUACAAACAGUUUGAUUGUGAAUAUAUUCAUUUUAUAUUUAUUUUAGACUUGUGUGUACAUAUAUAUAUAAUUUAACUUAAUUUUAUGUCUUUUGAACACUCGUAUCUCGUUUCUAUCUGCUUUAUGUGAAACUUUUUUAUCAAAUUAACCAUCACGUUAGCGAUACCGAUUCGAACAAGCUAUGGAUGAAAGUAUGAACAGUGUACUAUAAAGUUUUAAAGGGAUUUUUGACCGAAAUUUCUGUAUAUUAAGUAACGAAGAAUGAAAUUGUAAGUGGCGUCACAUAAAAUGCGGAAGGAAAGUUAUGGAUUAUCACAUUUAAUCUUGUUACUAAUUCGCGCGUCUAAUCAACGAUCGUUCGAAAAGAAUUCGUUUAAGAUGAUUUCACACGAAUUGUCAUUUACGUUGUUCCCGAUUUUUCAUGUAACGUGUAUAAUGUAAGUAUGCCGUACGACGAUGAAAAAUGCACCGAGACUACUGGAUUUUAUUUGAAUAAAAUUCACCAUUAAUUACAUAUACACGAUCUCCACGGAAUACGUGGUUGGAGGGCGGCAUUCGUUAUGCGAUCAGCCGAGGAAAAUUGUUUCUUCGCGAAACAUUUCAUUAUUCUACGCUUACUGCACGAAAAGAGAUGAAAUUUAACGAUUUACGCGAAGAUCUGUGUGUGUGUUACAUCUAUAUGUGGAAAUUUGUAUAUAAAAUGGCCUCUGUGCCAAGGGACACGGUUUCCUGUUUGGCGCAUUGCUCCAUUUUGCUCUGUAGAAGUAUGGGUAAAAAAGAAACCACCUAUUCGAUCUUGAAGGGGACAGUGCCUGUAAUUUAGUGAAUUUAUUCCUAGGUACGUUUACGAGGAUAAGAGUUUAACAAAAGAAAAAAAAAAGCUAUUCCAUUUCAGAUGUAAGAUCCAGUCAGGAUAAAGCAAAGUUUGCG